CUGAAGGAUGGCCGGGACCGAAGGGGCCGGAAGGGGGUGGCCGUAGGCCCGACCCCGCCCCGGGGCUGCCUCCCCGCGGGUUCCGUUGGCUGUGGCGGCGGCUGAGGGCUGUGGCGGCGGUGGCCGCGGGGCGGGCGUAAGAUGGCGACUGCGGCGGCGGGAGCCCUGGGCCUGCUGUGGGGCUGGCUGUGGAGCGAGCGCUUUUGGCUGCCCCAGAACGUGAGCUGGGCCGACCUGGAGGGGCCUGGCGACGGCGACGGCUACCCGCGUGCCCGGCACAUCCUCUCGGUGUUCCCGCUGGCGGCGGGCGUCUUCUCCGUGAGGCUGCUGUUCGAACGGUUCAUUGCCAAACCCUGUGCACUCCAUGUUGGCAUUGAGGACGGAGGGCCUGCUCUGGUCCCAUCCAAUGCCAUCCUUGAAAAGGUGUUUGUAUCCAUUACCAAGUAUCCUGAUGAGCAAAGGCUGCAGGGCCUAGCCAAGCAACUGGACUGGGAUGUCCGAAAAAUCCAGUGCUGGUUUCGCCACCGGAGGAACCAGGACAAGCCGCCAACGCUCACCAAGUUCUGUGAAAGCAUGUGGCGAUUCACUUUUUAUUUAUGUAUAUUCUGCUACGGAAUUAGAUUUCUCUGGUCGUCACCUUGGUUCUGGGACACCCGGCAGUGCUGGCAUAGCUAUCCAUAUCAGCCUCUUUCAAAUGGACUUUACUACUAUUAUGUCAUGGAAUUGGCCUUCUAUUGGUCUCUUAUGUUCUCUCAAUUUAUAGACAUUAAAAGAAAGGACUUCCUGCUUAUGUUUGUGCAUCAUCUGGCCACUAUUGGGCUUAUCACCUUCUCCUACAUCAACAACAUGGUCCGGGUGGGAACUCUGGUCAUGUGUCUGCAUGAUGCCUCAGACUUCUUGCUGGAGGCAGCUAAGCUGGCAAAUUAUGCCAAGUAUCAGCGACUGUGUGACACCCUCUUCGUGAUCUUCGGUGCUGUUUUUGUGGUCACUCGUCUAGCAAUCUAUCCAGCCUGGAUUCUGAACACGACCCUCUUUGAGAGUUGGGAGAUGAUCGGGCCCUAUCCUUCCUGGUGGCUCUUCAAUGGCCUGCUCCUGGUCCUACAGGUUCUGCAUAUCGUCUGGUCCUACCUAAUUGCACGAAUUGCUUUCAAAGCCUUUAUCCGAGGAAAGGUGUCCAAGGAUGACCGCAGUGACGUGGAGAGCAGCUCCGAAGAGGAGGACGUGGCCACGUGCACAAAGGGCCCCUGUGGCAGCAGCUCCAGCAACGGGGCCAACUGUGUGAACGGUCACAUGGGAGGCAGCCACUGGGCUGAAGAGUAAAGUGGCUGGUAUGGGUGCUCGAGCACACGUGGACUAGGUAGGCCACCAGCAGCCCACGCUGUUGGGGCCUCCCCACAUCUGCACUCCUGUGGGACUGCAAGGCACUGAGGAGAAUCAAACAAGCAAAUAUUUUCACUUUUUUUUUUAAAUGUCUGCCAUUUUGUAUUUAAUAGCCUUCAGGUCCUUAAAUAAUGUUAUUUGCUGUGUGUGUGUGUGUGUGUGUGUGUGUGUGUGAGAGAGAGAGAGAGAGAGAGAGAGAGAGAGAGAGAGAGAGCGCAUCUGAG